AUGCCGUCCCCGCAAGUCUUCGCUGCUACUGAUGGCGCAGUAUACACCACCUCCAAUGGUGCAGCCGUAGCGCAUCCCCUUGCUGCUGAGCGUGUUGGUUCUGUGGGACCUCUCCUCCUCCAGGGUUUACUAGACUUCCACCACAUCGAUCUUCUUGCUCACUUUGAUCGGGAACGUAUCCCUGAGCGUGUGGUGCACGCCAAAGGCGCUGGUGCUCAUGGCUAUUUCGAAACGACCCACGAUCUCAGUGAUAUCACCUCCUGCAAAUUAUUCACUGACGUUGGCAAGAAAGUUCGCGCAACGGUCCGUUUCUCCACUGUUGGCGGGGAAAGUGGUUCUGCCGACACGGCUCGUGACCCCCGUGGUUUCGCUAUCAAAUUAAGAACGGAUGAGGGUAACCUAGACUGGGUGUUCAAUAACACGCCCGUGUUCUUCAUCAGAGAUCCUGCCAAAUUCCCGCCCUUCAUUCACACCCAGAAGCGUGACCCUCAGACGCACCUGAAGGAUGCAGACAUGUUCUGGGAUUACCUGUCUCAAAACCCAGAGUCGGCGCACCAAGUCAUGAUAUUGUUCUCCGACCGCGGGACACCCGACGGCUUCCACAACAUGCACGGCUAUUCUGGCCAUACCUUCAAGCUCGUGAAAGACGACGGCUCAUUCGUCUACACCCAGAUUCACCUGAUUGCUGAUGGCGGCUGCAAGGUCCUCGAUACUGCCACAGCUCGCAAUUUGUCUGCAGACAAUCCCGAUUACGGUAUUCAGUCGCUGUUCGAAACCAUCGACGCUGGGAACUUCCCGUCCUGGACUGUCUACGUUCAAACUAUGACUCCAGAGCAAGCUGAAAACUUCCGUUACAACGUCCUGGACUUGACCAAAGUUUGGCCCCACAAGGACUACCCCUUGCGCCCCAUCGGGAAAUUCGUGCUCAACGAGAACCCGCAAAACUACUUUGCUGAGAUUGAACAGGCUGCUUUUGCGCCCAGCCAUUUGAUUCCCUACUUCGAGGCCACUGCUGACCCCGUCCUUCAGUCACGGUUAUUCUCUUACCCUGACACCCACCGCCACCGUCUUGGCGUAAAUUACCAGCAGAUCCCUGUUAAUGCGCCCAUUAUCCCUGUUGCCAACUUCCUACGCGAUGGUGCGAUGGCAUUCAACAACCAGGGAGCACGCCCGAACUAUCAGAGUUCUAUUACGCCCUUGACAUACGUGAACAACAAGGGGUCGAUCAAGGGUACACCCAGAGACUACGAGCGAGCCGCAAAGCAUGAAAGCUGGCUCGGCGGAGCAUUCUGGGACCUGAGCGAGGUUACCGAGCUCGACUUCGAGCAACCGCGUGCGCUCUACCAACAGGUCUUUGAUGACGCAGCCAGGGAGCGCCUGGUUUCCAACAUUGCUGGCCACCUUGGUGGUGUCAAAAGUGCCGAAGUCAAGGCUCGAACGCAUACCCCUACUGAGGCGGAAUUUUAUCUAGUUUCUUACUUUGCAUCUGUCGAUCAAUCUUUGUCUAACCGCAUUGCCAAGGCUAUCGGUGCCCCCACUGCGAAGCCAUUGGUUGUUAAAUCUGCCUCUGAGGCAGUUCGCUUCAGGCACGGUGUUGGUGCUCAGCUGUAA